AUGAAAGAUGAGGGGAAGUCUAAUGGUAAUGAUGUAAUUAUUGCUGAUUACAGUGCUGAUGUUGCUCUUUUGGCUAGCCUUGAUGUUGUGGGAACCAUGUAUGAGCAUAACUUGCUAGCAGUUGAGAUGGUGUACCCUACUUUUUGGAGCCAAAAUUUCCUGGUUAGGGAUCUAAGUAUUCUCUCUAGCUUACAGAACUUGCAACUCACAAAAGAAGAAGAAGAAGCUAUUCCUAUCACUGUCACAAACUACUCAGGCCUCUUUGAAGAAUGUUCCCUAAGUCUUUUUGGGCGGCUUCUCUCUGAUCGGCAACAGAACCAACGUGGUCUGAAGAACACCCUUAGAUCAGCAUGGAAAAUGGGUUCAGACAUAAGAAUUGUGGAAGUUGGAAAUAAUAUACUCCAAUUCAAGUUUAGCUCAAAGUAUCAAUUGGAGUGGGUUGAGAGGUGUGGGCCUUGGAGUUUUGAUAACAACCUCCUCUUACUCUGUAAAUGGAAAAAAGGGCUGACUUCCACAAAUAUUUCUUUCAUCCAUUCUCCCUUUUGGGUCCAAAUUUGGGGUCUUUCUUUUGAGCAUAUGUCACAGGAAGUUGGGGAAGAAAUUGGAAGCAAGUUAGGUAGAUUUAUUGAAGUCGAUAGGUGUUCGUGGCAAUCUGAUCAGGCAAAAUUCAUAAGAGUCCAUGUGGAGUUGGAGAUUGAUAAGCCACUGAGAAGAGGUGCUUAUAUUGCAAGCUCUGAUGGUGAACGACUAUGGCUUACGUUCAAAUAUGAAAGGCUACCUACUGUUUACUUCAUUUGUGGGAAGCUUGGGCAUGAUAAUAAACAUUGCCCAACGUCUGAUGUAUGGCAAAGUGCUGGCCAUCAAUAUGGGGACUGGUUAAGGGCUGGGUGGACUGCAAAAGUGGCAGCCAAAGAAAGGAACUCGAGCAAGGAUACGAUCCGAGUUAUCUCCGAUGAGCUAGAAGUGCAGCGAAAGACUUGGCUGACGACUAGUUCUGCUUUGGCAUGUUUUGAGCUCGCUGGUGACAUACGAGUCUUCAGUGGAUUUCCAGAGCAAGUAAUGAGUGAAGCAACAAGGCAAGUUAUGAGUGUUUUGGGUUCUUGUGAGAAGUCACGUGAUCAUCUAAGGCAUGAUAUUUCAAUUGAGCACAGAGGCAUGGGCUAA